ACAAACCGGAAGUGUGCCGUCAGCCCACAUGACCGGAACUCUAUCACAUGAUCAGUGUUUUCAAAGAAAACUUGUAUUCAUUCACUCUUCGCUUUAUUACUAGUCUCCUGCUGGUCUGCAUCAGUGAGGGGUCAUCAUGAGACUGGUGAUUCUGGACGAUUAUGAUCUGGCCAGCGAAUGGGCUGCCAAAUACAUCCGGAACCGGAUCAUCCACUUCAAGCCCAGUGCUGACCGCUACUUCACUUUAGGACUUCCAACAGGGAGCACACCCCUCGGCUGCUAUAAGAAGCUGAUCGAGUAUCACAAGAGCGGAGACCUGUCCUUCAAAUACGUCAAAACCUUUAACAUGGAUGAGUAUGUGGGCCUGCCCAGGGAUCAUCCCGAGAGCUAUCACUCCUACAUGUGGAAUAACUUCUUCAAGCACGUGGACGUCGAGCCGCACAACACUCAUAUCCUGGACGGGAACGCCAGCGACCUGCAGGCCGAGUGCGAAGCCUUCGAGCAGAAGAUCGGGGCCGCGGGAGGAAUCGAGCUGUUUGUGGGAGGCAUCGGUCCAGACGGACACAUCGCCUUCAAUGAGCCCGGCUCCAGUCUGGUGUCCAGGACCCGAGUGAAGACACUGGCCAAGGACACCAUAGUGGCCAACGCCCGUUUCUUCGGGAACGAUCUCUCCAAAGUUCCCAGCAUGACCCUCACCGUCGGAGUGGGAACGGUGAUGGACGCCAGAGAGGUCAUGAUUGUGAUCACUGGAGCUCAUAAGGCCUUCGCUCUGUAUAAAGCCAUCGAGGAGGGCGUGAACCACAUGUGGACGGUGUCUGCCUUCCAGCAACAUCCACGAACCAUAUUCAUCUGCGAUGAGGACGCCACGCUGGAGCUCAGGGUCAAGACCGUCAAGUAUUUUAAAGGCCUGAUGCACGUCCACAACCAGCUGGUGGAGCCCACGCUCAGCGUCCGGGACUACAGCGACUGAACACAGCAGUGUGUGGACCAGGGGUCAAGGAGUGUGUGUCGAUGUAAAGCUUUCCCAAGAUAACGUGUUUAUACACUCCAAUCGAGCGAGUCUCCAUAUCAGCUUCAGUACUCCACUUUAAGGCCAGUAUUCACAUGAAAAGGGAGGUGUGUGUGUGAGAGAGUUAUUGUGAGAGAGUGAGUGUGUGUGUGCUCAGAAACACUCUUACUUUAAUCCUCUCAGCCAAUGUUUAUAACACAGUCACACUCUUUGACAUCACUAACGUGAAAAACGCUUUCUUUCUUCAUUCUGAGAUGAGCAUAUACAUCAUUUCCUCUGGACUGGAGUUUAAUCCGGAAACACUGAAGCUCAGCAUUUCAAGCCAAACGUCUGUUUUCAUGGACUAGGUCAUUUUUUUAAUAACACAAGCUACUUAAAGUUACCUUGAAUGUGGGAUUUAACUCCAAGACGACUUCGGGAAAGUGUGUUUUGUAAUAUUUCUGGUUAGAUGUUACAUAAAUAAAUUAGUGCUGUCAAACCAAUCAGUUGCAUCUAAAAAGUUUGUAUAUGUAUAUACACACACACACAGAGACAACCCCACAGACACAAACUCACAAAAACACACAUACACAUAUAUAUACGCACACAAACUGUUAUGUUAGAUGUGAUUAUUCAGUUUGACAGCACUAAAUAAAUACACUUUAAAGUCUUUUGAAUUGUCCAGAUGUGUUGGUGUUUGUUGCUCUACAUAUGAGCAUUAAGGGUUAAUGAGACCCACAAUCAUAGUGUCUCAUAUCCUGAUAAUCAUCUACAGGCUGAUCUGUGAUCAGAUUUACAAAAAAGUCUUACUUCAAUGUCAUUUUUAUAAGAUUUCAAGCACAUUUUCUUGCCUUUUGAAUUAGUCACUAGCAGAAGUGAGAAUGCUGGGAAAGUGUAUUUCCUCUUGUUUGCUUAUUCAUGUUGCCAUAUCGGAGUAGAGAAGUGUGUUUUUGAAGUUCACUAAUUUUACACACGACGUACUUAUAUAUUCUCUUCAGUUGCUGUACUUUGCUUUAUAUUAUGUAAAAAUAUAAAAUAAGUUACGAGUCAUUGUGCUUGUAUUGUAAAACACACCGUAGUUUCAUCUGAUACUGUUUCUGUACUUCACUGUAAUGUUCAUGGGAAGGAGAGCAUGUAACAAAUUUAUUUCCAUUUAACUGUUAAAUGAACUGACGGUUAACAGAUUUGCACUCCAAAAGCCAAAUCAUUCUCUGAUGUGUUUGUGUGCUUGAUCUUAGAUGGAUGAAUCAAAUAAACAAAGUUUCAUAUAUUGUCA